UUAUUUUUGUGCUUCUAGCUUUUCAACAGCGGCGUGCACGCUUUCCACAUGAAGAUCACCGUGCAGUCGUCCAAGGCCGUCAAGCCCGACUACGACGGCGGCGACGCUCCGGCCGCCGCCACCGUUGUCCCGCUGACCGUGUUCGAUCUGAUCAGCUUCGACGACUACAUGUUCGGCAUCCACGCCUUCCACCCGCCGUCCCCGACCACCGCCGCCCUCGAGGCGGGGCUCGCCAGGGCGCUGGCCGAGUACCGCGAGUGGGCCGGCCGGCUCUGCGCGGACCCCGCCACCGGCCGCCGCGGGAUCCUGCUCAACGACGCGGGCGUCCGGUUCGUCGAGGCGUCGGCGGCCGACGGCGCCACGCUCGAGAGCGCCAUGCCGCUGCUGCAGCCCACGCCCGAGGUCCGGCGCUUCCACCCGAGCGCCGGCGGCGCCGGGGAGGAGCUGAUGCUGGUCCAGGUCACGCGGUUCGCGUGCGGGUCCCUCGUCAUCGGCCACGCCAUGCACCACGCCGUCGGUGACGGCUUCGCCAUCAGCCGGUUCCUCGUCGCGUGGGGCCAGGCCACCCGCGGCGUCGCCAUCGACCCCGUCCCGGUGCACGACCGGACGUCCUUCUUCGUGCCCCGCGACCCGCCGCGGGUCGAGUUCGAGCACCGCGGCACCGAGUUCAAGAAACCACGCGAGGAUAAGAAGAACGCGCGCAUGCGCGGCGGCGACGGCGGCGCCGGCGCUGGAGACGACGACGACGACGAUGAGGUGGUGGUACAGCUGGUGCGCUUCAGCCGCGAGUUCGUCUCGGAGCUCAAGUCCCGGGCGUCCGCCACCGCGGGCGCGCCCGGCCGCCCCUACAGCACGACGCAGUGCCUGGCGGCGCACCUCUGGCGGUGCGUGACUGCGGUGCGGGGCCUCGACGGCGGCCGGGCCACGACGCUGCACCUCGCCGUGAACGGGCGGGCGCGGAUGCGGGUGCCGGAGGGGUACACGGGCAACGCCGUGCUGUGGGCGCACCCAGCCACCACGGCACGGGAGCUUGUGGCGGGACCCCUCGGCCGCGCCGCGGAGCUCAUCCGCGGCGAGGUCGCCCGCGUCGACGACGCCUACUUCCGGUCGUUCAUCGACUUCGCGAGCUCGGGCGCCGUGGAAGAGGAAGGGCUCGUGCCGGCGUCGGCGGACCCGGAGGCCAUGGUGCUGGGCCCGGACGUCGCGGUGUACUGCCUGCUGCGGGUCCCGUUCUACGACGUGGACUUCGGCGGCGGCCGGCAGUUCUUCUACACGCCCGGGUACUAUCCGGCAGAGGGCGUCGUCUACAUCCUGUCGCCGUCCCCGCUGGGGGACGGGAGCGUGGAAGCCCACGUGUCCCUCUACAGACGAGCCAUGGAGACCUUCAAGGGCUGUUGCUUCUCGCCGGGGGAACCCGGAGUAGUUCUUCAGUAAAACGAUGGCCUCUGGCUCUGCAUGUUUAUUAGCAUGUCAUGUCAUUUGCAUGAUUGCGCGCACGUAGCCAACCAGUGCGUAGGUAGAGACGUGGAGUGUGCACGCUGGGAGAUGCAAAUUAAAGUGGAGACAUCUGGUGUGUGCAUGUUUCCGAAGUUAAUAGUCUCAUUUCGCAUCAUGAAAAAAGCUUGUUUAUCUUGCUUUCCUAUGCUAUAUAUGGUUUCCAGUGUUGUU